CCUCAUUGAACUAAAUACACAGAACACUCACAUGACACACAGUGAAACAAGGAAGUAAUGAUUGCUGUACUGGUAUUACAACACAGCUGCUGUCGGGCUCAGAAGGAACACUGCUGUCUGCUCUCCAGAUCUAAUCAACUCUCUCAGCCAAACCGGGCACCACACAGACAGACAAGACCAUGGAGCAUUUGGCAGUGUGUGUUCUCCUGUUCAUGUCGAUCUCUGCGGCAGUCGAGUUCCAUGAAGACGCUCCCUUACUGUUUGAAAGCAAGUAUCAGAAAGCGGCUCUGUUGACAAAGGCGAAGGUCACAUCAAUCAAAGAAGCUCUGGGCAAUUUUUUCAAGCCUCAACCCGUGGUGAGACUAACUGACAGUGGCAAGGCUACAAGCUGCGGUGGUCUACAGAAGUUUAACCUGACCUGGACUCCCAAGAUUGUGAACCCGUCUCGUGGAGUCAUGUUCAAUCUCCAAAUGAUUGCAGCUGCUGACUUCAGUAGUGGUCAAGCGGACGUGGCCGUGUACACAGACGGAUCGAGUGAGCCCUUCAUCACAGACUCAUUGCCCCUGAACUGUGCCAUCAUGAACAAGCUUUUCAAGAACUUGUGUCCAAUCAAAACAGGAGCGCAUAUUGAUGUGAAGUACGACCAGCCAGACCUGACAGCCUUGCCUCCAGGUUCCUACAAACUGACCGCCAACAUCACCGGUACGAAGGGACAGUGCUUCAUGUGUGCCCAGGUGAUUGUUACCAUUGAGGGGUGAAGAAGACCAGUAAUCAAGCAGACCUCUGUAUCUACAUUCGCCUUUUAGCUUUUAUUGUCACUUUUAGCAGUCCCAUUUGGCUAUAAUACCUGUCUCAUAUGCGCUCAGAAAGUUGACAAACCCAUAAUUAUCAAACUUAGAGAGCGAAUUUAAUUACUACGCAGUUAGGUUCCCUUUUUACGUCGUUAUUUUCAAAGUAGGUCGAUAUUAUACAGCUGCUUAUAAAAUUUGCCAACAGGUUGGUGUAGAAGCCAGGGGCGUCAUGACGUACUGACAAUGUUUAUGCCAAGGAGGGUUUAAUCUUAAUAUAACAUAUAUUUUAUCUAUUUCUCAGACCUGUUAUUUACAAAUGUGAAUAUGUUGUUAUCCGAAAGUCAAGUUCAUUAUUUGUUAAUAGUUUAUAUAUACUGGUAUGUUUUACGUUGUUAUAAUAUCACACAAAUCACCCCAUCGUAUGUAUAUCUACACAAGGUUCCGGAUUCUUUUGCAUCUUAAUCUCAUGUUUAUGUAUGUCAUCCUUCCCUCCUUCCAGGUAUCACAGCAUUUCUUAAUGUUCAAACCCACUCUGAGAACACCUUUUUGAUGAUUCUGCAAAUUGCUGAAGCUUAUUUUGUAAUAAAAGAAUUGUAUUUCA